AUCGUUCAUUCCUUUGUGUUUUGAUGUGUGAUAUUUACAGUUUGCAUUUGCUUGCACUUUUUCAUUUCUUCUUUUCGUCUUUUUUUUAUCUUUAACACUUGUUUUCUUAGUUUAUCGUUUUGAAGUUUUUUCUUUCAUAAGAUAUGUCUAACGAUAAUAGUUUAGAUUUGCAUUACGUACAUCAAAGUUUUCAACGGAGUCUCAAAGAAAACGACGAUGUAGUAAUAGAGGCAUAUAUUGACGGCUAUAAUGAACUUGUGAAGUUCUUAAAUCUUAUCGGGACUGUGUUUUCGUUUGUUAGUAGUGAUGUUAAAAGUAAAAUUAAAGUUAUGGAGAAACACAAGGAAGGCGAAAAUGCUGUACAUUACGAAUCCUUUAAAAAGAUGAUGAAGUUUGAAAAGGAGACUAGUUUACAUGAGAAGAGCGGUUUCGUUUCCGGCUCACGGACCAUGCUACGUCUCCACAGAGGUUUAGAUUUUAUCAGAUUAUUUCUGAAACGAUUAAGUGAAUCAGACGAUACAGUGAGCACGUGUACCACGUGCCAGGGCUCUUAUAAUGAAACCCUGGCGGGUUUCCAUCCAUGGUACAUCAGGCAGGCCGCCACCCUCGCCAUGCAUGCACUGCCAACAAGACCUGACCUGCUCAAAAAGAUCUUCGGCACAGAUGAGAGCCUAUCAGCAGCGUUGUCUGUCCUACCGCAAAUGUUAACAUCAUGCGACGAAGUGUACCGGCGCGUACAACAGCUUUACACGGACUUUGAAUUCCACGAGUUACCAUAAACACUCCCUCUACAA